AUGACUGCUCCUCUAUCGUUACCAGAGGGCUGUCGGGGCACCUCCAGAUCAUCAUGAGGGAGUGUCUCUCCAUUCACAUUGGUCAAGCUGGUGUCCAGAUUGGGGAUGCUUGCUGGGAACUGUAUUGCCUGGAACAUGGGAUCCAGCCGGAUGGCUUUAUCCUGAACAGUCAACAAGAUCAUUUGGAUAAUCUUAAGGUGGAAUCUAGGAAUGCAUCUUUAGAUACCUUCUUUCAUGAGACAAGAACUGGAAAGCAUGUGCCCAGAACACUCUUCACGGACCUAGAGCCAACUGUUAUAGAUGGGAUCCGCAUGGGGAAGUACCACACACUCUUCCACCCAGAACAACUUGUGAAUGGGAAGGAGGACGCUGCGAACAACUAUGCACGAGGUCGCUACUCCGUGGGGUCAGAGGUCAUCGAGCUCGUUCUAGAAAGGAUCCGGAAGCUGGCAAAACAAUGCAGUGGACUUCAGGGAUUUUUGAUUUACCGCAGCUUUGGAGGAGGCACAGGGUCGGGAUUUACAUCUCUCUUGAUGGAGCGGCUCUCCGUAGAGUAUUGCAAGAAGACAAAAUUGGAGUUCUCUGUUUAUCCAUCUCCUAGAAUCUCCACUGCUGUGGUAGAACCAUACAAUGCCAUCCUCACCACCCACUCCACCAUAGAAUACUCAGACUGUGUCUUCAUGGUGGACAAUGAGGCUGUGUAUGACAUCUGCCAUCGCAAACUUGGUGUUGAACGUCCUUCCUAUGCUAAUAUCAACAGGCUGAUUGCUCAGGUGUUGUCCUCUCUUACUGCUUCGCUGCGCUUUGAAGGGCCUUUGAAUGUGGACUUAAUUGAAUUCCAGACCAACCUCGUACCUUAUCCACGGAUACAUUUCCCCAUCACAACCCUUGCCCCCAUCAUCUCCGCCGACAAGGCAUACCAAGAGCAGCUCUCUGUGCCUGACAUCACUGCUUCUUGCUUUGAGCUCUCCAAUCAGUUGGUCAAGUGUGAUCCGAGGCUGGGGAAGUACAUGGCUUGCUGCUUACUCUACAGAGGAGACGUGGUCCCCAAGGAUGUAAAUGAAGCAAUCGCAGCCAUGAAGUCUAGGACCUCUGUUCAGUUUGUUGAUUGGUGUCCAACCGGUUUCAAGGUGGGCAUCAAUUAUCAGCCACCUACAGUGGUGCCAGGAGGGGAUCUAGCCAGGGCCCAGCGUGCUGUGUGUAUGUUGAGCAACACCACGGCCAUUGUGGAAGCCUGGGCCCGCCUGGACCACAAAUUUGACCUUAUGUAUGCCAAGAAGGCCUUUCUGCACUGGUACAUCACAGAAGGCAUGGAGAUUGGGGAGUUUGUAGAGGCCAGGGAAGAUCUGGCUGCUUUGGAAAAAGAUUAUGAAGAAGUGGGUCUGAGUUUCUGAUGAAAAGAUGACCAGGCAAAUGAAUGCUGAGUUAAAAAUCUCAUGCUUAGUUUUCUAUAUUCCUAAUGAAUAAGAGGAAAGCAAAAAUCAAACCAGCAAGAUCCAAAAUUCUGCUUUAGAUAUAUUAAUAUCAACAAUAAAGUAAUAUUUUCUUGUGUCCAGUAGAAUUCACCUCUGCUAACUGAGAGCCUUUCGGGGGA